AUGGAGAUGGUAUUCACUUUGGUGAUUAUUGCGGCAAUGUGCUUGGGUUUUAACAAAGGACACACGUUUCACCAGGAAAUGUCCAAGGCCGAGCUCGUUCAUUACUUCGGAACGCCAAAUUUGCAAAAUGUACCGGAAUACGAUCUCGUGUCACCAGUUCUCACGGCCAAGAAAAGAUCUCGGAGAAACACUUUGGAAUAUCACGUGACAGCCCUUGGGGAGGAGUACGAUCUGAUAUUACAGCGUAAUCCUGAUUUGCUACCAACAAGCUGUCUGGUGUACCAUACUACAAACGGAACGCAGCUCGUAGAGCCCUGUACAGUAGAUGGAGACAACUGUUACUACUUUGGCAAGUCCAUCGCCCACAAUCAGUCCAGAGCCGCCGUCAGCACGUGUAUGGGCUUGAACGGAGUCAUCAUCACGGAAAAUCACGAGUUGUACAUUCAACCAAUCAAAACAGAGCAUCGGUCACGUAUUCGUCGCGGAGUUGAUUACUCUCACAUUGCGUACAGAAAAAAUGUGACGAGGACUCCACGAAUGGGAGAUUCAUCAGAAGAGGUGUUUUACAACACAGAGCCCCAUUCAAGAGCCAAUCGCCGAAGGCGCGCCCUGAAGCGAACUAUAGAACUGAUGGUUGUCGCGGAUGUCGAGAUGCAGCGUUUCCAUGGCGACGAUACCAAGAGAUAUGUAAUGACGGCAGUCAAUAUCGCCGCACAGAGACUGCUUGACGAAAGUCUUCACGAGGAGAUUCAUGUGGCGGUCGUCAAAUUGAUCCUGUUGUCACCUGACCAGACUGACCUUGACGUGACCCGAGAUGCACAGUACACCCUAAAUAAGUUCUGUAGGUGGCAAGAGAAGUCCAACCCUGACGGAGACGGUCACCCUGAACAUGCCGAUGCCAGUGCUCUUAUAACAAGGUUGGAUAUACAGACGCUGGGCAACGACGACGCGACUGGUUUGGCCUACGUUCAUGGGAUGUGUCGCGAUCAACAGCGCUGUUCCUAUAACCAAGACACCGGCCUUGACCUCGGAUUGACCAUUGCUCAUGAACUCGGCCACACAAUGGGGAUGACCCACGAUGGUUUGGGGAAUUCCUGUGAGAAUGGCAAAUACAUCAUGUCUUCUGAUGGAGGUACCGGAAGCCAAGGUCUGGAGUGGUCAGACUGCAGCGUGAAGGCCCUUAAGGAAUUCUUACUAACAGAGCAGUCGGAAUGCUUAAAUGACCAACCUGAAGUACGGGAAGUGAAAACAGCGUAUCAAAAACCCGGACUUAUUUAUGAUGCGGAUGAACAGUGUCGACAAUCGUACGGAGAAGGUUCUUCCAUUUGCGAGGGAAGCUCAUUGACCAUUGAAGGGGACGAGUGUGCCCGAUUGGUCUGUUUUGACCCGAUGCUACCUGGGAAAUGUACGGGCAGCACAGGACCGCGAAUGGAUGGCACAUUCUGUGGACAAGGAAAGUGGUGCAUUAAGGGGAAGUGCGUCCCGUACGGCGCGGACGGUCCACAGCCCCGGGACGGGGGUUGGUCUGCGUGGGACUCGGAAUGGAGCAAGUGUUCACGGUCAUGUGGGGGAGGGGUCAAGCUGAAGAGGAGACAUUGUGACCAGCCAAAGCCGGAAUUUGGUGGAAAGAAAUGUGAAGGCUCGGAUGUAAAAGCAACAUUGUGUAAUGUUCAUGAUUGUGAACAAUCCCAAAUGUCUUUCAAAAAGGAGCAGUGCGCAGCGACAAACGAUCGGCCACUGUGGGGAAGGACUUACUCCUGGGUGCCUUAUGAUAAAGAUACAGGUGACGCCUCUUGUGUGAUGGACUGUAAGGCGGAGGGGCAGCGGAUCGUUCAGAGACGGGCUAUGCAGUACCAGGAUGGAACAAUCUGCGAGGGCAAGGGCACUGCCAGGUUUUAUCGCUGUGUGGACGCCAAAUGCAGGGGGUUUGGUUGUGACGGUGUCUUGGACUCGGGCAUGGAGUUCGAUAAAUGUGGCAAAUGCAACGGGAAGAGCAACACAUGCCACAAAAUAUCAGGAACUUACAAAAAAGGAGAAAAACAGAAAUUCGUCACUUUCAGCUCUAUUCCGAUCGGCGCUACAGGAAUAUUAAUCACCAACAAAAACAGACACACAGCUUUGUCUAUCAACGCCGAUGGCAAGCGACUCUUUAAUAGUGACGGCAAACGAGGGGGUGGAGGGCGAUUCACUGCCGGGGAUGUCUCCGCCUACUACAUGCCUUCCGAAACAGAGACGGUGAAGAUUGAAGGGCCAUUGUCCAGUGACAUAGAAGCUCAGGUAUGGCGUAAUUACAACGACGAUGAGUAUUACGAUGUCGCCCCUGACGUGUACUUUGAGUACCACAUGCCUUUGAACGAUGACGAGCCCAUGGAGUACGCCUGGGCCACUAAGACUACCCAGUGCAGUAAAACAUGUGGUGGAGGAGUUCUUCAGCUUUCCGUCAGCUGUGUUCGCCAGGGGGAUGGAAUAACGGUAGAAAGGAGCUUUUGUGACAUCAGACAACAGCCCAAUGAGUACGGGGCGUCCUGCAACGAACAAGCUUGUCCACCAAGGUGGCAGGCCGGAUCGUUUGGCAAAUGUUCUAAAGAGUGCGGGGGCGGGUUAAUGAAUAGGGUCGUCAAGUGUGUACGUGUACUGGGAGAGGGACAGACGCAGGUGCCGGAAAGCCAAUGUUCCGGCAUGGAAAAACCACCGGUACAAAUGACGUGUAACAGAAAGCCGUGUCCUGGAGUUUGGUGGUCGGGCACAUGGUCAGCUUGUUCGUUGACUUGUGGUCGAGGUCAGCAGUCACGUGACGUGGAAUGUCACCGUGAUGAGAGCAGUCGUGAAAAGCUGGAUGACUCGGAAUGUAUAUCAUUGGACAAACCAGCAGCGAUCCAGGAGUGUGUACUGAAGACCUGUAAAACCGGAAGAAGUGGUACUGUAUGUAUGGACAAGAAAGACUGCACAGUGUACGACGUCAGCGCAUGUUCCGAGUACCAAGAGUUUAUGGAGAUCAACUGUCCACUUUUUUGUGGUUUUUGCGGUGAACCUGAUGUCUCAUCCGAGCAAGGUAAUCCGCCGAACACUGACACGUGUGCAGAUAAAACCGACUGCACUGAGUAUGCGGCCGAUGUUUGUGAAUCCUACAAAGAGUGGAGUGAAAUAAACUGUCAAAAAACCUGUAAGUUUUGUUCGCAAGCCGUUUCUGGAAAAAGCUCAACACAAACGGAGACGACUUGUAGGGACCUAGCUGACUGCACAGCCUACGGAGAUGACGUGUGCAAUCAAUACGCUGAAUGGUCGGCCAAAAACUGCCGGAACCAUUGCGGAAUUUGUUCCGGUUCUGGCGAAAGUAGUUUGGAGCAGCCGUCAGAAGGCUCUUGCAUGGACAAAGACGUCGACUGCGCAACAGGAUAUGGAGACAAUGUGUGCAGCGAGUAUGCAGAGUGGGCGAAGAUAAAUUGCAGAAAACACUGCAAAUUUUGUACCGAAGGUUUGACAGAGAGCUCUUGUACUGACAAAACGGAAUGCGAAGACUAUGGUAAAGAGGCCUGUACAUCAUACAGGGAAUGGGCGAACUUAAAUUGUCCAAAUUACUGCGGAUUUUGUAAAUCAUCUCGUGGAAAACGCUCCGCUGUGCCAGUUCGUGUCCCCAAGCCCUUAUAUAAGCAGGGAAUUCCCCAGCGCCUAAACUCUCCACGACAUUUGCUUUCGAGGCAAGCUAAGUUUGGUGUGAACGGGAAGACUUUCAUGCCACAAGUGUCAUUUCCGCUAAAACGGAUAGCCACGCCCGUUCCAUAUGGGCCAGAACGUGAAGUCGCCCUCACAAUGUCUGUCCAACUGAAGCCUCCACCUUUCUCAAAUGUAUCAAUCAAGUCAACAAAUGAUACAAGCAAAGUGCAAGAUGUGGUUCCCAAUGGCUUCGCAAAAGGUUCUGCCAAAACCACUCCAAAGGAGAUUGGGACAUGUGACAAGCUCAUCACUGCACCCAGUAAUCGUAUCAACACAUUUGGGAAUGUAUUGCUGGGACAGGAAUGCACCUUCUCAAUUAGUCGCCCUCUGUCCGAAAACAUUGUUCUGCACUUUGAAGAGCUACGUGUUGACUGUCGAAAAGGCGAUGAACUGAUCAUAGACGACGGCGUCAGCGGCUCGGCAAUUCAUCUGUGCCAGUCCACGGUCAACCACACUUACACUGUACGCUCCAACAACGUGCUGUUGAAAAUGAAACUCGGACAGAAAGAUAGUGGAUAUCGACUGAUGUAUUUUAGCAAAAAGCUACGGAAGCCUGUAUCGGCCUGCAGUCAACAAUUGAACGGAGACUCUGGAGAGAUUAUUUCCCGCGGAUUGGCACUCUCCAGUGUUGGUGGGAAGAAAUGUGAGAUAUUCAUCAACGUUGAGCCCAGUCGUCGAGUGAAGCUGCUCUUCUCCCACUUUGAUGUUGGUAGGAAGGGCAACUGUAGCCAAGUUUACAUGAAGAUCACAGAUGAAGACACAAACCAGACUGAUACGUUUUGCGGGUACAAACCUGGCCUUAUCUGGGAGGCAGUUGGAUCACGGGUAAAACUCACCUACACAUUAGAUGGCGCUCCACGUCACACGGGCUUCGCGGGGGCGUACCAGGCCGUCUGAAUAAGGAGCCCUUAAAACGACAUCAUGCGCCUUGUGUUUACGAGUUCGCCAAUAACCCGUGAUUGAGGACAACAACGGUCAAACCACUGGGGUUUUUGUUUCAUGAAAUCUGCUAUGAUGAAAUCCUCUUCCUCAGUCUCUGUGUGUUAACUCGACGCAGAAGAACAAGGCCUUAUACGAUAUUCGUUGCCUACGAGCAACGAUAACACGAGCGGUUCUUUGCAAGGAUUUAAAUGAUCUCUUUUUCUCGCCCUCACCAUGUACAUCGUUCUUAGUCACCUUUUCACCAACGUUUAAAAGACCUUUAUGUCUUCUGUUGGUUCUCUACAGAUGUAAAAAGACAUUAAUAAUUAAAGUCAUAACUAAAGCG